AUGGGCCUCAACAAAGACUCUAAGAAGCACCGGCGGCCGCCCUGUCAGGGGGAGGCCGGGGAGCGCCGACCUCCGGGGGCACGUAGGGCAGCCUCCAUCCUGACUCAGCUCCUUCGGGAGCCUUUGCGUGAGGGGCUUUCAGGCGGCGGCCGGGGGGCAGGGAGGCAGCGGGCAGCGCCCGCGGCGCGUCGGGGCGUGAAGCGGUCUUUUGGCGGCGGGGAGAGGUUUGGUUUCGGCACCUGGGCUGUGCUCCUGGGCGAAAGGCGUGUGCCGGGCGAGGCAGGGCGGGCUGAACUCUCGGCAGCGUUCAACGGGGCUUUUCAUCUUCGUGAAAACAGAAUUGGGGUAGUGUCCAUUUCUCUUAAAUUAACGCGGCUGCUGUGGAAGUGGCUCACCGUGCGUUCUGGUAAGGCGCUGGUGCCGCAAGAGCAGUCCCGAGGAGGCUGCGUGCAGGGGAUAUUUUUAUCUCCAAAAUCUAGAUCAGGAGACCUGCAGUUUUCAGUCAAGACUCUAAUCGACCGUUCCUGUUUUGAGACUAUAGAUGAUACUUCCCCUGAAUUUAAUAAUUUUGCAGCCAUUCUGGAACAGAUUCUAAGUCAUCGACUAAAGGGUCAGAUCACCUGGUUCGGCUAUGAAAGUCCUCGUAGUUUCUGGGACUACAUUCGAGUAGCUUGCCGAAAAGUCUCUCACAAUUGCAUCUGCAGUAUUGAGAACAUGGAGAAUGUCGGUUCUUCUAGAGCUAAGGGUCGAGCCUGGAUCAGAGUAGCACUUAUGGAAAAGCAUUUGUCUGAAUAUAUUUCAACAGCUCUGAAAGACUUCAAAACAACCAGGAGAUUUUAUGAGGAUGGAGCAAUUGUUCUUGGUGAAGAAGCAAAUAUGCUUGCCGGUAUGCUAUUGGGACUCAAUGCAAUUGAUUUCAGUUUUUGUCUGAAGGGUGAGGGAUUGGAUGGAAGCUUUCCAGCUGUCAUAGAUUAUACACCAUACUUGAAGUUCACCCAAAGUUCUGACAGCAUCAGCAGUGAUGAAGAAGAGCUAAGAACACUGGGCAGUAGUGGCAGUGAAGGCAGCACUCCAGAGAAUGUUGGUCCUCCUUUCAUCACAGAUGAAAACAGUUGGUACAACAAAUGCAAAAGGGUAGAACAGAAGUACCGGCUUGCGUUGGAACAGAAGGGUUACCUUGAAGAAUUGGUACGACUCAGAGAAAACCAGCUAUCUGAAUCUGUCUCACAGAAUAAACUGCUGUUACAAAGAAUUGAAGAUAUGGAUCUAGCCCAUAAAAUGGAGAAGGAACAACUGGAAUAUAUCAUUGUGGAACUGCAAGACCAGUUGACUGUGCUAAAGAAUAAUGACUUGAGAUCAAGACAAGAAUUAACUAUUCACCUCACCAAUCAGUGGCCUUCCCCAGGAGCUCUGGAUGUCAAUGCUGUUGCCUUGGACACUCUGCUCUAUAGAAAGCACAAUCAGCAAUGGGAUGAGAAAAGUUUUCAAAGUCUGGACCAACUUUCAGCAGAAGUUAGUCUUUCUCAGUCCUCUCUGGAUCCAGGUCACUCACAGGAUGGGAAGCAGGAUGGAAUGAACUUGUUAAAUGAAGGGAAGGAAGACACUCCAUCGUUGCUUGGUCUUUGUGGCUCUCUUACUUCCGUAGCAAGCUACAAAUCUCUCACAAGUCUGAAAUCAAGUGAAUAUCUUGCAAGUCCUACAACAGAGAUGACAAGUCCAGGCUUAACACCAUCUUGAGAUACACACAAGAAGGAAGAGCUUUGUGUUGUAUGCAUUUGGUUUAUGUUCCAUAAAAUUACUUGCAAUGAAGACUGCUAGUUCUAAGUUAACAGAUAAGCUGCUUUAUUUUUAAUUUUCGUGGUUACCUGUUUAAAAAUUCACAGAUUCUGUCAGUUUUCAUUCAAACUUUUUUUUUUCCCCCAGAGGACUUUUCAGAUUUUCUAUUUUAGUCUUGAAUUAUUUAAAGCACUUGGUCAGGUACAGGACACACAAUCUGAUGCUUAUGACUGGUUUUUAAAAUGGAACAGUUGGAAAUCAGUCCCCCACUUAACUGCC